UUAAUAUCUGUACAAUUAUAUAAACAUACAUGUAUUAUUCUCUUCAGCGUUACUCAAUAAGACCGACACCAAUUAUUCUCAUUACCGUUCUCGGCUCGAAGCACUGGACGGAUUUAGGAAUAGUAGCAUCAGAUCACAAGAGCCAACACUGGGCAACUUUUGGUAGCCCAGCUUCUUCUAUAUAUAUUGAUCGGAUACGUAACUCAUCUGCGAGAAGCGUUCCGGCGCAGUACGUAGCGGUUCCCUGCACGCCCCCUACCCACUACAUUGCCCCCCGAGCCGUCCAAGGGGUCACCUUGAAUCGGCGCGGAAGCCACGCAGCGGGGGAAGGGGGGUGCCACCGAUCCUACUUUUCAAUCAGAGGCCGGAUAGCCAAAGAUUUACAAGUAGGGCGUACUUUCCCUAGACCAAUUUUUAAAACAAAUAUCGAAAGAUGGAGAGACUCGGUUCAAAGAACCCCCUACUUUAAUUCUAAUUUCAUUAAAACAAUAAAAAAUUCUUAAUACUAAGUAUAAAAUAACAAAAAAUUGGCAAAAACGCCGGUCAAUUAAAAAAAUGAAAAACAUUAUAACAUAGUUAAAAAUAUCGACUGUACACAGCGCUAUAGUAGCGUCACGAAAAAAAAUGAAGGUUGGCAGCAGUGGCCGAAAAUCAAACAACAACAGCAUCGUGUUUGUAAACACGACGAUAAAAACUGGUUGACAAUUCCAAAAUUUACAAUUUUUUAUUAAAUUUUGAGUUUUUUACCCUACAAAUUCUCGCUUAAAUGCGGUAACUGCAAAGGACGAUGUUGUCGACGAUGUUUUUCGACGCUGGAUACGAUGACCGGCCACUCAACCGCAUAUUUCAGGAUGACUCAUCUCACUACUCAUUGCUGCUGGUAAGUACUACAUCUCACACUUACUAUUGUUUUACUAUUUUUUACUAAGAUUGUUUCAUUUUACUUUACAGGUAUUUUUAUCCAUGGUGAAAAUUUCCAUAGUUCAAUAUGGAACCGAAGACUUUUCUCAAUUUAUUUGAAUUGAAUUUUGAUUUUUGCUCGGUAUCUACGGUUACUUAGGUCGAACGUUACGAUGAAAUGAUUUUUGAUUUUACCUUUUUCUUCUUCGAGCGUUUUUGCGAGGUGUUUUUACACAUAAAUAACAGGUACAAUACUAUUUAUCGUUUUUUGUCGUUUUAUUUGGUACGAGUUCUUAUAAUUAAUAUCACAGUUAUUUCUUGUUUUUUAAUCAUCUUCCAGGAGUUUUUCUAGCACGAAAUCCGCCGGAAAUACUUCGACCUUGUGCCUUGCUGGAAUUGUUCGCUGCGAUAAUACCGUGAAAGAACGGUUAAUUAUUGUCACCACAUUCACCGUCACCGGAGGUGUAAUGACGUGCACCCGUACCAUUUCUUGUUCUGAAACAGAAAACACAUUCAUCGUUCUGCGAGGUCUUCUUGACCUGCGUGAUGCACGAUUUGGGUAGCUCGACCCCCGAAGGUACUCGGCAUAGUUUUGUGGCGGUUGAUUGUACGAUUCGCAAUAUUGGUCAGGCGGAUACCGAUUGCCUGCAUUUUGCUGAUAGGUUUGAUGGUUGGUUUGUUGGCGAUUGGGCUGUCUGAACCUGUUGCCCAUGUUCGGCUUGAACUUUCGCUUCAGUGGUCGUUGACCUUGCCCCCUGGGCAUUUGGUGCCUUUGUUUUGGCUUUGGGUGAUCGUAUUUCGGUGGCUGUCGCUAGCCGAGUUAUUUUCCGAAGAUUCUGACGAUGGAGCCAACUUUUUUCCGGUAGCCAAUUCGAGCUCUCGAAAUAAAUAUUCGACUAAGUCGUUGGAAGAUGACGCGAAACUUAGUGGCGAAUACGCUGACGACGAUCUCACCGGUCGCUGUUGUAUUUUAUCAUCGUCGGAGUCGAACAAUGAUUCGACGUGUUUGUUCUGGUUUGCAGUUAACGACGGCGAGACACUUUUGGCAGAUACCUUCGGCAAUGGUACUGGUGACUUCGGAGGUUUAGCAGUUUUGGCGGUUGCUUUUGUCGUUGGUUCGGAUUUUUUCUCGGUGGCUUUCGAUUGUUUCUCGUUGCGCUUCGCUUUUUUGGUGCGCUUAGACUUCUUUUUAGUUGAUUUGGAGGAGAGGUACCGAUGAUUUUAGGUAUUUUAAACUCAGAAAUCUUACCUUCGUUCUCGACGACGGGUAUCUCUUCGAAAGAAGUACCAGCGAUUUGCAUCGAAUGGCGGCGGAUCGGCGGCGAAUUUUGGGGCGAAUCGUCGGUCUCGGAUUUCAAAAGCUUGUCUUCGAGUUGCUUGGCUGCUAUCUCGUCGGUUUCAUCUGGCUCGGAUAAUGAUGUCGAGCUUGGAGAUUUCGACGGUGACGACGACGAUCGGUUCGACGAAGAGGACGACGCCGACGAUGACGACGACGAACUCGACGAAGAAGAAGAAGAAGAAGACGACGAUUCUGAGUCAGCUUUUUUAGACUCUUGAUACGGUGACGGUGAUUUUUCCCGUUCAUUUACCGGCGAUACAUUUAACGAUUGAUUAUUGUUCGAUUCGUCGUCCAUACUAGCAACAGAAAAUUACAGGCCACGUUUUAUCGAUCACGUUUUAUUUGGUAAGUUUUUUAAUUGAAUUAUUUUUAAAAUUAAAUGAUUAUUAGCUUUACCUUGUAGAUUUAUUCGACGGAUUGAUCAGCUUAUAGAACUAAUUGAGUUCUUUUUCCAGAAUUCACACGUAGGAUUGGAACCCAAUUUGGCGAGCACGUUUUCACGAUGCAGAUUUCGGUGCUGAGCAAUUUUUCACGCUUUUUUCGCGAAGAAGAAUCACUUUUAUUACUCAGAGCAUUGGGGAAAUAAUAUGUUCGUUCGAAGAUGGUGGCAAGCCUGGCACUGCCAAGAUGACCAUACCAGUGAUGCAGAUAAUUCACUACUUCAGCAAACAAAUUUUCAGGCAUGAACUGACGAACAUGACGAUGUUGUCUCGGUUUUCAUCGUCCUUUUGGUAGAUGACCGCAUUCACCGUGUCAUUGUCGUGGGCCACUUCAAUGAAGAAUUCGCGAUCUGGAUCUGGAGCAAUUCCGCAGAAUUUGCUGAUUUUUGGUCAGCUGGAAGAUCGCUGUUGGUAUUGCUGUCAACUUGGGUUUUUUCAACUUCAGCUACUAGUACUUGUUGAGGUGACUCGGAUAUAUUAUCGGUCUGUACUGCCUUAUUCGAUGUUUUGUUAUUGGUUUGCUUCUUUUUUUCUUUUUCAGCUGCUUCGAACUCUUGCAUGCAUUUUGUGAAUGAAAACGGUUCGUUUGUUUGCUGCCGGGUGGAAUUUGCCACUCCUGAAUUGGCCACUGGAAUUGAAGAUGUCGGCUGUUCAAAUGAAUCGAUCGGUGGUGUUAUUACUAUUUUAGGUGUAUUUGAUACGCUCGUUUGAGUUGCAAUAUUAUUUUGUGCAUUUUUAUCGACGUGUUUUUCGCUUGAUUUUGCAUUUUGUUGUUGUUGUCUUUCCAUGUAUUCCCCUCCUUGGUCCUUGUAUUUUGAAUUUUCGAAAAUUUGCGUCUUGGAGUUUAAGGUCGUAGCAUUUUUUGGAACUACUUUUUUCGACUUUUUACAUUUUUUAUUUUUAUUCUUUUUUCUUCGAUUUUGGGAGUCUAACUUCGCGAGUAAAAUUUCAUAAUCGAUUUGUUCGAUCUCUCGACCCUCGAUAAUUUGUUCUACUUCGCGAACCAUUGCUACGUGGCAUGGUUUUAACAUGUAUUUUUUCAUAGGUGGUUUAUUUGAUCGAUGAUUUUUCUCAAAUAGGUGCCUAUUAAUUUUUACAUUUCCAAAUUCGGUUUUUUCGAUCGCGUUAGCUUGAUUUUUACGAAGAAACAUAUCAGCUUGAGAUGUUAGGAGGUGGGUUUUUGUAAUUUGAGUGAUUUUUUGAAACAAUCUGCGCAAGGCAAGAUAUCUUUUCAACGUUUUCGCGUUUUUUCUCUCUUUUACAUAGGGUAACAGUAUAGGAAAAUUAACAUAGAUGUUUUCACCGCCAUUUUCGCGUAUAUGGUCGAUAGUAUCGACCAUAUAUUCUUUGAUGUAGGCGAAGGGGGCGAAGAUAUCGUUGACUUCGUCCUCCCCAAUCGAUAAAAUUACAUUUUUGUUGAAAUUUUUCAUUUUCUUAAUAUGCAGCCAAUGCUGCUCAAUUGUUCGGUUGUUUGAAAUUCGAUUUGCCACUGCGCCUUCUCCUAUUCGGUCGUAUAUUUCAUUUUUUAUUUUAUACGUCCUACCCCCACCUCUCGUUGCAGUCUGUUUGACCACAUACAUCGUCAAUUUCCGUUUUUUGAACCCCCAGGCUUAGAAUUUUGAUAAAACAGUUGCUCUGGGGUUGGUUGGGGAAUUGAUUGGGAGUUUGGUGCUUGAGGUGCUUGAUUUUGGGGGGUACCAUUUUGCAUAUUUUGGAUGCUUAAAUCGCCUCUAGCACCUUGACCGGUUGAAUUGAAUUUUGGAGGGGGUUUUCUCCAUUGUGUCUCCGGUACAUACGAUCCAUAGUUUCCUCUACCUCGAUAAUUAAAAUUUCUAACUCGUACCUCGUGGAAAUUGGGUAUAAAAUUUUUACCUUUGUAAUUUGAAACUCUUGGUUUCUCUUGUUGAAUUUCUCUGGCUUCUUCUGUUGCUUGGGGAUCCGUUUUCUGAUGGAAAUUUGUAUGUACGUAUUUCGUCGAAUGGACGUACAUAGCUAGAUAUUCAUCAGUCACUGAUUUCUUUGCCACAGUAAGUUUCUUCACGAGGUCUUCCUUAGUAUUCAACUCUUCGAGGUUCAUUUUAUUCUGGAUUGCAUGGGGGAUUUUUUCGAGAAUUUUAUCAAUGAUUUGCUCGGCUGUUAGUUUGGUAGCCGCUAACGUAUCAUACCACAUAGAAAAAUAUUCGAUAUAGUCGGCCAUUGUUUUUAUUUUUUCGACAUUAUCGGUUCUAAAGUACUCAAUGGCGGAUUGUUUCGCCGUUUGGUCCCAAUAUAGAUUUAAAAAUUGCGGUAUUAAUUUUUCUAAUUCUUCCCCUUCUUGAAUUUUGGUUUCCCAAGCUUGUGUUUUAUACUCUACACAAGAAAUAAAUAACAUGCGACGAUUUACAGGGCUUAGGUUUUGCUCAAUCUCUUUUGUUUGAAAUUGUUUAACAAAUCUGACCGGAUGGUGUAUCAUUUUCUGAGUGAACAUCGUAGCACUUUUCCUGAAAAGUUCAAUAAAGACCAAUUCAGAUGAGGAUUUCUCUCCUCCUGCCUGUGCCACUCUCGCUUCAGCACCUUUCAACAAGAUCUCUACGGUCUUUUUCAUUUCUUGUUCAUUGUUUUGCCACAUAGUAGUACUUUCAUUUUUUAAUUCGUCGAUGAUAGAAUUUUUAAAAGAUACUAUUGCUUCGCCUACGUCUUUAUUCGUUUCAGUACACCAUUUUCCCAUUAAUUCGUUGACAGAUUUAUCAACCGAAGAUUCCAACUCUUUCACUUUUUCAUUGUGUUUUGCUAGAUAGGUAGCUUCGAUUUCUUUUACCUUCUCAUCUAAUUUGGUCUUGUAAUUAGUCUCUAGCUCAGUUGCUUUAUCUUCGAAUUGCUUCUUAAUCUGGUCUUCGAUUAAUGUUUUAAAAUCACUAAAUUCCUGUUGAGAAACCAUUUUGAUUUUAUUUUUUCUGGUUUUUACGUAUAUAGGUAGUGAUUUAUCAAUCAAAAGAUUACUACGGUGCCUACGAAUUUGUGGUGGAGUGAUUCUAGCAGGACUUGAAUCUUCCACUAAAAAACGACGCGGGGUAUUAUUUUUAUCCGUUUUUGAUUAAUUUUUUAAUUGUUCAAUUUCAAGAAUAAAUUCUUGUUCGGAUA